AUGUGUCGCUCCCCGCAAAUGCAGCACAGCAAGAGUGUCUUUCACUCGUUUAUUAUACUGCCGUGCAAAGCUAGAGACCAUGACCGCCAUGAUUACAACGCAGUUUCUCAACCGUACAGCAAUUAUCCGAAGAUGGUGCGCGACAUGUAUCCAUUAUCAGCGGCGAGGCAUGCCGACUCUCGUGAUAAUCUGGGGACCGAGACAGCUCUAGUUGAGGCCGAACGAGGCUUAUGUAAAUUGUACGAGAUCCCGUCCCACCAGACUUCGACAUCCUUUGGCGAGGCAAUUGGUCGCACGCCGCCGGACAACUUCAUCCCGAAACGUGGUCUGCCCCGCCUAAGAGAAAGCUGGACUACGACGAAGCAGAAGGGACUAUCCGUACAAUCGCCGCUACUACGCAUUACCAAAUCAGAGGCUAGCGCGGCCACCACCGAACCGGAGCGCAACGCUAAAUAUUAUCCAAAGAUUUUAAAGUUCGUCCGCAGAGAUACUCGCCACGAUACAUUCGCCAUUAUGGUCCACCACGGCCUGAACGAUAUUGAAGCAGGUCUGGUCGAGUCCAGCUAUGAUGCAACUAUAGUUUCGUUCGAGAAAAUGGCCCUUGGAAGCGAUCUCCGUCGUGGGGUCUACGAGUACGGCUUCGACGGCCCGUCUGCUUUACAGCAACGCGUCAUACUGCCUGUAAUCCAAGUCAAAGGUCACGACAUCGUUGUUGUCGCGCAGUCUGCCACCGGCAAGACAUCUGCACUCUGCAUUUCUGUCCUUCAGAAGAUUGAUCCCGAUAUCAAGGCUUGCCAAGCUUUGAUUCUAGUGUCCAACCAGGAUCUUGCUGGACAGAUCCAGAAGACUAUCAGUGGCAUGGGUCGUUUCAUGCAGAUUAGCCACCCUGCCAACAUUUUCAAGUCAGACGCUGGCGAUGACAUGGGUAUACUCCACGAUGCUCAACAAGUCGUCAUUGGCGAACCGAGCCAGGUCUACAAUAUGCUUCGAUCUGGUACAAUCACAGCAGAGAAUAUAAACGUACUCUUUCUCGAUGACGCCGAUGAGUUAUUAUCACGUAACAUCGCUGAGCAGAUCUGCGGUAUACAUGAACUUCUGCCAGAGUCUACGCAAUUCAUCCUCUUCUCAACAACAACGCCACAUUGUAUGCUCGAAACCGCCGCAAAAUUGAUGCACGACCCUUUAUACAUCACUGUGGCCAAAACCGAAUAUCCCCUCGAUGGUAUCAAGCAGUCCUAUAUAGUUGUUGAGACGGAGGAGCGCAAGCUCGAUAUCCUUUCCGAGUUAUACGAGAGCUCCGCGCUCGCCCGAGGGAUCAUCUUCUGCAACAGGCGCAAAAAGGUGGAGUGGCUGGAGCAGAAGCUCACCGACCGUGGCUUGGCUACCUCUGCGAUGCAUGCCGACAUGCGCGCUAUCGACCGUGCUGAUAUAUUGGCAGGCUUUCGCGCCAGUGCUUCUCGUGUACUAAUCGCCACUGAGAUGCUCGCUCGCGGUCUCGACGUGCAGCAAAUGACUCUCAUCGUCAACUUCGAAUUGCCCGCGAAUCCUGAGAAUUACAUUCAUCGUACUGGUCUUGGUAGACACUCUGGCCGAAAAAGUCCAGUCAUCAACUUGAUCACAGCCGAUGAGGUCCCCAGAGUACAGGAAAUCGAACAGCUCUACAACACCCGGAUAGAGAACAUGCACUAG